AUGGAUCAAUGGACGUCCAAGCAGCUCCCUGAGCGCCUGCCCUUCUCCAAGAAGCGCCUGCCCAAGAGGGUCAUCUUCUCUCUGCUUAUUGGCGUCUUCACUCUUGUCGACAAGAUCCCGCCCUUCCACCAACACUUCUCGCUCGAAAACUACACCCUCCACUAUCCCUUCGCCGUCAAGGAGCGCGUCCCCGUCAUCUGGCUCUGCGUAUACGUCAUUCUCGCGCCCGCCGCCAUCAUCGCCAUCUAUACGCUGGUGCUCGAUGGCCUCUUCUCACAUCAAACUGAGAUGCCUUCGGGCAGAGCUGGUCUCAAACGACUGAGUGGCAGAUACAGGUUCAAGGACCGCUUGUGGGAGCUCAACUGCGGCAUCCUGGGUCUCGGCUUGAGCGUCGGCGCUGCUUUCACCAUCACAGGCGCGCUCAAGAAUGCCAUUGGAAAGCCGCGCCCGGAUCUAAUCUCCCGCUGUAUGAUUGAUCAGACCAAGAUCAACACUACUCUAUACGCCCUGCAAACCAUAGACAUAUGUACCCAGACCAACAACUACAUUCUCCAAGACGGAUUCAAAAGCUUCCCCUCGGGUCACAGCAGUGUCUCCUUCGCGGGCCUCUUCUACCUUUCCCUGUACCUCGCUGCGAAACUCCAUGUCAUGGACGCAAAGGGCGAGGUCUGGCGCACCUUUAUCGUGUUAGUGCCGACCCUCGGCGCCGCGCUCAUCACCGGGAACUCGUAUCAUGGACGCGCGCAAUACUUUCCUGCAGUCACCGAGACAUGGCGCAAGGGCCGCGCUUACCCCAUCCGUGCGUGGGGUCGUGGACCUGCUCCUCCGCCGGAACCAAACCCUACUAUCAUGGUUGACGAGGACGUGCAGCCGCUGAGGCCAAUGGGUCGUCCGACGGACAUGGAGCGUGGCGAGGCUUCUGGCUUCGCCUCCAACACAGCGGUGGCCGGCGAGAGUGAACACGGAGGCAAUGUGUUCCGCCAACAAAUACAUGACUCGCAACGAAGGCGACAAAAUCCUUACGCCGUUGAACGGAGUGACACGCUGGCGUCCAGUAAUUACCGAACCGACACCAUGGGCUCAACUAUAUCGACAAAGGUCUCCAAUUACCAAAAUCAGAUGCCGGCAUCGAAUCCCUUUGCCGGUCAACGGAGAAUGGACACGUAUGACUACUCUUCAUCCGAAGAUGGCGAUGGAUACGAGAUGCAAGCAGGUCACUUCACCGAUACAGGCUACCACCGCCCCACAGGCAUCUCACCUCAGCCUACCCCGCCGCCUCCAUCGAAUGCCGGAAUGCCAGGACAGGCCAUCACAACAGCAUCGAUAACUGGAGAUCUAAGUGAAAGAAGAGAUCUCGCACCUGUGCCUCCGCCACACGGCGCAGGCACAGCACCUCAGCAGAUAUAGAUUGCAUUUUGUUUGACCAUGAAGAUCACGCCAAUGCUCGCAAUCGACGUGAUGAGGUGGAAUGCUAGCUAUACGGUGGUCCAGGUGCUAACUUGAUCGAAUUGACGAACAUGUACUUUGUAUCAUUACUGCUCCUAGAAGAGCGAGGAGUUUUUGUAAAUGGCGAAAAGUUGGGUCAUAGCAUACAGCAUACUACCAAUGUGGAAUUUCUUUUAACUGUUCAUU